UUCUUUCAAAAUAGUAUCAUUUACAAAUCUGUCUAGUAAAUCGAAUCAAACCCACCACACCUUCCCCACUCCGGACUCCUAUAUCCUCACCGGCCUCACCCUUCAAUGGCGGAUUACGAGGCUGUCACCACCACCACCGCUUCCCACCAGCACCACAAUGUAAUACCCAAAGAAACAGCCCUCCAAGCCUUAAACACCAUAAUCCAGCUCCAUUUCGAGAAAACCCUUGAAAAAAAACGAGCAGUAGACCUGCAAAAAAAGGAGCUAUGGAAGCUCUUCCAGAUCUUCUUCCUCUUUUUGGGCCUGGUUUUCCUCGCCCAAUCCCAGUCCUCCCGCCUCCAAUGCCGCCACUGCUGGGUCCCCAUUGGGCUCCUUUCUUUAGCUCACUUAAUCUUCUACGUGUCGGUGGCUCAAACCCUGAGGUGCAUCAAUGGAUUCAAGUACCAGAGACGGUGCCACAAAUUGACUCUUGGGCUGGCCACUGAACGGCUGAGGCAGCUGAAGAUGAGAAUUAGUAGCGGUGGAAAUCCCAAUUAUGUAGAUGAAAUGGGGGAGGAUUUUGAGAUUCAUUAUCAGGAGCCACCGGAGAGUUAUUUUGGUAAGUUUAAGAGGAAUUGGGCUUUGCAUUUUGGGUUUUUGAUCUUGAUUUAUGGGUUCAUGGUGUCUUCUUCUGUUGUUCUUCUUUGCUUCUAAUUUGCCGGAAAUUGAUGUUUUUUCCUCCCUUGUGCCGGGGCGACGGCGGUAGACGGUAUCGGUGGUAUGUGAUCUUUGAUUAGUUUGAUUGUAAUGUGGAUUAAGUGGAUGUGUUAAUUUUGAGAAUAUAACGGCAAUAUUCAUCUAAAUUUUUAUUUAUUUUUACAUUA